AUGGACGAGACAACUACCAUCAAGGCUCUUGGCGAAGGAAAACACUACAAAUUCCUGGGGGUGCUAGAGAACGUUCGACAGGAUGAACGGCUGGCCCUAGCUUGCGCGGCUAAAGAGUAUCUACGCAGGAUAUCUAUUAUAUGGUCCAGCCCCGUGUCUGAUUGUAACCGUGUGCAGGCAACUAAUCAGUAUGCACUCCCGGUCCUGCGGUACCUAAUGUGGACACAGCAUUGGCCUCUAUCAGAGUUAAGAGAUGUGGACAGAGCAGCUCGGAAGAUCAUAGUUGAGAACGGUGGCAAGCACCCAGCUAGCCUGACUUCUUUGUUAUAUCGACCGAGGGAGAAAGGAGGUAGAGGCCUGCGAUCAGUCGAACACGAGUACAAGAUCACUAAAAUCAAAUCGCUACUGAAAUUGUAUCAGAACCCGGACAAGACUGUGGAAGCAGUUAGAGAAUUUGAAGAACACGCCAGUCGCUCGUAAAGGAAGCAGCUAAGUACGCUGAAGAACUCAACAUCACACUUCAGCUUGAUACCCUAAACCCCGUAUGUGUUACAACAGAAGGAAAGGUGGUAACUGCAGCAAGAGCUGGAAAUCUGUUGAAGCAAUCUCAAGAGAAGCAGUUCUUGGAGAUCGCUAAAGACAAAAAGUGGCAAGGAAAGUUAUUCCGUAUCAGAUGGGAAGAUGAGAGACUAAGCAUAACCAGCUGCUUUGCAUGGUUAAAAGGUUGGGCUACAUGCCCUACACAUACCAUCGCGGGCAUGUAUGAAUUGUAUGAGCAGUUGUUACCUACGAAGCUCUACACAAAGGAGGGGGGCGUAAGGGGGGUCCGAAAACCGCAAAACCGCACAGAAAUACGCCAAAAAACCGCAAACCGCAUCGGAUUUUUUCCCGAAUACCGAAACCGCGCGUACAUGUAGGCCACAAUAUAAAAGCUGACGUCAGCAAGACUUGUGAUAUAUUCUGACAUCAUUGUGCGUUAGUAUUAAACAUACCAUCAUAACGCUAACGAUAUAUUGUACUACACUAUUAUACUCUAUUUACUACUAACCAAAUGCCAAGUAUGCUGGUCAUGUACUUGAACGAGUAUUGAUAUCUCCCUUAACUUUGAAAAACUCUGUCACUGAUCCUGUACGUCUUAAAUUGGGUGACUGAUUACUUUGAACGACCCUGUGCUAGUUGUGGAACGCGGAAUAAAUGUUUCUUCUGGAAUUGUGACCUUCUUGUGUCGUAAAGAGUUCACGUUCAGUGAAGAAGACGAUUGUUAAAGCGUACAGCUCUUCUGAAAUUCUCCCCUUCCUUCCCUUCUUCAUAGAAGAGUGCCACGCAAUUAAUUAUUACGUGCUCUUCUCUUUCAGUUGCGACCUCGACGACCUCAGUUGCCAUUGUCGCGCACUGAAUCAAAGCAACGAGAACACGAGGCUGUAGGUACGGCUGUACGAGCUAACCUCCGGCGUGGAAUUUCACGAAGUCGACGCAUCAUAGGCCAAAACGGUUAAUCACAUUAAGUAUUAACUGGAAAAGGCCGUAAUUGCAAACCACAGAGUUAAAUUGUAAGCUGAUAUAAUGAACCCUGGUGGGUUGUAAAGCAAAACUUGGUUCACGCUUGCAAAACAACCGGAUGCCGACCUUUCUAAAGAGUGUUAUCACCGCAGACACUUUUUUUAUCACCGAAAACCGCGACUUAAAGGUUGUAAUAACCGCAAACCGCUUAGUGUUUUGAAACCGCAAUACCGCGAGUUAAAAUAAAAAUUACCGCAAAACCGCACCAAAAAUAACGCAAAACCGCAUCACUGCAAACCCUUACGCCCCCCUCACAAAGGAGAAGACGCAAGCCUCCACCGACGGCGAAGUUCUGUGCAGGUUAUGUGGGAAGGUAGCUGAGAGCGUCGCACAUGUACUGGCUGGAUGUUCCUCCCUGGCACAAACCAAGUACCUAUACAGGCAUAAUGCAGCUUUGAAGAUUCUGUUUUUUGAGCUCCUGCGGGAGCAUGGGUUAACGGAAGAGGUUUCACCAUGGUACUCACCGGUGAUGCCAAAACCAGCCUACCAGAACACCACGAGUGAGGCGUUUUGGGACGUUCCCAUCUAUGCAGAGCACAACGAAGCUAGAGUAAAUCGGAUCGACGCGCGACUUGUCAGCCACGAGAGGAAAGAAGUCUGCACAAUUGAAAUGAGCGGCCCAUGGAUUGAGAGUAGAGCUAAGAAAGAUGAGGAAAAGACACUCAAGUAAGGGCCCAUCAUGUGGGAGCUGAAGCAGAGAUACAAUGGUUACAGGGUUGAACAGUACAACGUAAUAAUUGACGUACUGGGGGGUUACUCUAAACACCUAGAGAAGUCGGUGAGGAAGCUACUUGGAGCGAGAGCACGGAGCGUACUUCAGCGGAUGCAGAAGUCGGUCAUCUCAAACACUUUAAACAUUGCCAGAACAUUUAAGAUAAAUACUUAGUUAGGGCGCUAUAGACUUCAGUUUUUAGGUUUUUUGUUUUUUCUCUAGAAAUCUAGAAACACAAGCUUGCUGACGUUUUUAUUUAGAUUUUUUAGAACAUUAGAGUUUGAUAUUAUUAUAAAUAAGUUUUUAGUAGAGAUAGCGAAGGUUUUAAAGAGUAUCAGAAUUUAAUAAUAUUCUAAAUUGGCUUUUUAAGUAGAGAGAUUUAUAUCAUUACGUAUAAGCUUUUAGUAGAGAUAGCGAAGGUUUUACAGAGUAUCAGAAUUUAAUAAUAUUCUAAAUAGGCUUUUUAAGUAGAGAGAUUCAUAUAACUAUGUAUUUUAGGUUUCGUAUCGACCUUUUUUUACUUCUAAGUAUAGCUUCUCAAGUGGUGUAGGUUACGCUAUGCGCCCUAUACUACUCAUAAUGUGGACAGCAUUCCAAAGUUUCAUACUGCGACACAAUAAUAAUAAUAAUAAUAAUAAUAAUAAUAAUAAUAAUAAUAAUAAACACGAGUACAAGAUCACUAAAAUCAAAUCGCUACUGAAACUGUAUCAGAACCCGGACCCGACUGUGGAAGCAGUUAGAGAAUUUGAAGAACACGCCAUGGCAUCAGGCCACCAGUCGCUCGUAAAGGAAGCAGCUAAGUACGCUGAAGAACUCAACAUCACCCUUCAGCUUGAUACCCUAAAUCCCGUGUGUGUUACAACAGAUGGAAAGGUGGUAACUGCAGCAAGAGCUGGGAAUCUGUUGAAGCAAUCUCAAGAGAAGCAGUUCUUGGAGAGCGCUAAAGACAAAAAGUGGCAAGGAAAGUUAUUCCGUAUCAGAUGGGAAGAUGAGAGCCCAAGCACAGCCAGCUGCUUUGCAUGGUUAAAAGGUUGGGCUACAUGCCCUACACAUACCAUCGCGGGCAUGUAUGAACUGUAUGAGCAGUUGUUACCUACGAAGCUCUACACAAAGGAGAAGACGCAAACCUCCACCGACGGCGAAGUUCUGUGCAGGUUAUGUGGGAAGGUAGCUGAGAGCGUUGCACAUGUACUGGCUGGAUGUUCCUCCCUGGCACAAACCAAGUACCUAUACAGGCAUAAUGCAGCUUUGAAGAUUCUGUUUUUUGAGCUCCUGCGAGAGCAUGGGUUAAUGGAAGAGGUUCCACCAUGGUACUCACCGGUGAUGCCAAAACCAGCCUACCAGAACACCACGAGUGAGGCGUUUUGGGAUAUUCCCAUCUAUGCAGAGCACAACGAAGUUAGAGCAAAUCGGAUCGACGCGCGACUUGUCAACCACGAGAGGAAAGAAGUCUGUACAAUUGAAAUGAGCUGCCCAUGGAUUGAGAGUAGAGCUAAGAAAUAUGAGGAAAAGACACUCAAGUAUGGGCCCAUGAUGUGGGAGCUGAAGCAGAGAUACAAUGGUUACAGGGUUGAACAGUACAACGUAAUAAUUGACGUACUGGGGGGUUACUCUAAACACCUAGAGAAGUCGGUGAGGAAGCUACUUGGAGCGAGAGCACGAAGCGUACUUCAGCGAAUGCAGAAGUCGGUCAUCUCAAACACUUUAAACAUUGCCAGAACAUUUAAGAUAAAUACUUAG